GUUGCUACUCCCCUCAGAUACGCAACAACACUCGUCUUCAUUCAAGCAACAUUUUCUUUGUUACGACGAAUGGGUAAAUUACGCACUGCUCGCGAAGUAGAGUACAAGGUGCGCACAGAAUACGAGAAGAAUAAAUUAAAGUACGGAAGAAAGCUAUACAGAUAUCGCCAUCUGGGAGUUCGAGACGUAUCACGAAAGAGCUCUCAAGGUCACAUCAAGAGAGAGGGUACAUAUGCUCAGAAGCUGAAGGAAGAUCAUGAAAAGUCAAAGGACUGA